AUGGCAGGGACGGACAGCGGGAACCUGAAGACGGUGAGGCUGUGGCGGGACGCCGCCCUGCGCGCCAGGAAGCUGCGGAGCAACCUGCGCCAGCUCACCCUCAGCUCGGCCGGGGGCUGCCCGGGAACCGACCAGCUGGACUCCCCUGACGCCCCCCAGCUCGUGCUCCCGGCCAACAUCGGGGACAUUGAGGUGCUGAACCUGGGGAACAACGGCCUGGAGGAGGUGCCCGACGGGCUGGGCUCGGCGCUGGGCAGCCUCCGCGUCCUGGUCCUGCGCCGGAACCGCUUCGCCCAGCUACCUCCGGCAGUGGCCGAGCUGGGACAUCACCUCACGGAGCUGGACGUGAGCCACAACCGGCUGAGCGUCCUGGGCGCUGAGGCGGUGGGCGCCCUGCGCGAGCUGCGGAAGCUCAACCUCAGCCACAACCAGCUCCCUACCCUGCCAGCCCAGCUGGGUGCGCUGGUCCACCUGGAAGAGCUGGACGUCAGCUUCAACCGGCUGGCGCACCUGCCCGACUCCCUCGCCGGCCUCUCUCGCCUGCGCACCCUCGACGUGGACCAUAACCAGCUCACGGCUUUUCCCCGACAGCUGCUGCAGCUGGCGGCCCUGGAGGAGCUGGACGUGUCCAGCAACCGGCUGCGGGGCCUCCCCGAGGAUAUCAGUGCCCUGCGCGCCCUCAAGAUCCUCUGGCUGAGUGGGGCCGAGCUUGGCACCCUGCCGAGCGGCUUCUGCGAGCUGGCCAGCCUGGAGAGCCUCAUGCUGGACAACAACGGGCUGCGGGCUCUGCCCGCCCAGUUCAGCCGCCUGCAGCGACUCAAAAUGCUCAAUCUCUCCUCCAACCUCCUGGAGGAGUUCCCGGCCGCCCUGCUGCCCCUGGCUGGCCUGGAGGAGCUCUACCUUAGCCGCAACCAGCUCACCUCGGUGCCAUCCCUGAUCUCGGGCCUGGGCCGUCUUCUCACCCUGUGGCUGGAUAACAACCGGAUCCGCUACCUGCCCGACUCCAUCGUCGAACUCACCGGCCUGGAGGAGCUUGUCCUGCAGGGGAACCAGAUCGCUGUGCUGCCAGACAACUUUGGCCAGCUCUCCCGCGUGGGCCUGUGGAAGAUCAAGGACAACCCUCUGAUCCAGCCCCCCUACGAGGUCUGUAUGAAGGGGAUCCCGUACAUCGCCGCCUACCAGAAGGAGCUGGCUCACUCCCAGCCGGCGGUCCAGCCGCGCCUCAAGCUGCUUCUGAUGGGUCAGAAGGCGGCAGGAAAGACCCUUCUCCGGCACUGCCUCACUGAGGACAGAGUGGAGGGGAAGCUUGGGGGAGGGGGCCAGGAGAAGACCUACUCGCCUUCACCUCCGCCUGGGAGCAAGGGCAUCGAGGUGACCAGCUGGACGGCGGAUGCGUCCCGGGGCCUGCGGUUCAUCGUGUAUGACCUAGCCGGGGACGAACGCUACGAGGUGAUACAGCCCUUCUUCCUCUCCCCGGGGGCCCUGUACGUGCUGGUGGUGAACUUGGCCACCUAUGAGCCGCUCCGCUUUCCCACCACCGUGGGCUCUUUCUUGCAUCGGGUGGGGGCCCGGGUGCCCCACGCCGUGGUGUGCAUCGUGGGCACCCAUGCCGACCUGUGUGGGGAGCAGGAGCUGGAGGAGAAGUGUCUGGACAUCCACCGCCAGAUCGCCCUGCAGGAGAAGCACGACGCCGAGGGGCUGAGCCGUCUGGCCCAGGUGGUGGACGAGGCGCUGGCCCGGGACUUCGAGCUCCGCUCCGCCAGCCCUCACGCCGCCUACUACGGGGUGUCGGACAAGAACCUUCGGCGGCGCAAGGCCCACUUCCAGUACCUGCUCAACCACCGGCUGCAGAUCCUCUCGCCAGUGCUGCCCGUCAGCUGCCGGGACCCGCGCCAGUUACAGCGCCUGCGCGACAAACUGCUCUCGGUGGCCGAGCACCGUGAAAUCUUCCCCAACUUACACCGCGUGCUGCCGCGGUCCUGGCAGGUGCUGGAGGAGCUGCACUUCCAGCCCCCGCAGGCGCAGCGGCUCUGGCUCAGCUGGUGGGACUCAGCUCGCCUGGGGUUGCAGGCCGGGCUGACCGAGGACCGGCUGCAGAGCGCCCUCUCCUACCUGCACGAGAGCGGCAAGCUGCUGUACUUCGAGGACAGCCCUGCCCUCAAGGAGCACGUCUUCCACAACCUCUCCCGCCUCAUCGACAUUCUCAACGUCUUCUUCCAGAGGGACCCUUCCUUGCUACUGCACAAGCUGCUCCUGGGGACCAGCGGCGAGGCCGAGGCCGAGGGCCGGGCCGGAAGCUCCCCGCUGAUGGCGCCGCCCGCCCCGAGCCAGGACACGCUUCGGGCCACCCAGCUACAUCACUACGUGGAGGGCUUUCUGCUGCAUGGGCUCCUGCCAGCCCACGUCAUCCGGUUGCUGCUGAAGCCUCAUGUCCAAGCUCAGCAGGACUUGCAGCUGCUGCUGGAGCUGCUGGAGAAAAUGGGACUCUGUUACUGCCUCAACAAAGCGAAGGGCAAGCCCCUGAAUGGGUCCACGGCCUGGUACAAGUUCCCCUGCUACGUGCAAAACGAGGUGCCGCACGCGGAAGCCUGGAUUAACGGGACCAACCUGGCCGGGCAGUCCUUUGUGGCUGAGCAGCUGCAGAUUGAAUACAGUUUUCCCUUCACCUUUCCACCCGGCUUGUUUGCCCGCUACAGCGUCCAGAUCAACAACCACGUGGUGCACAGGUCGGAUGGCAAACUUCAGAUCUUCGCCUACAGGGGGAAAGUCCCGGUGGUGGUGAGCUACAGACCUGCCAAGGGGGUCCUGCAGCCGGACACCCUGUCCAUUGCCAGCCACGCAUCGUUACCGAACAUAUGGACGGCAUGGCAAGCCAUAACCCCCUUGGUAGAGGAACUGAAUGUCCUACUUCAGGAAUGGCCUGGACUGCACUACACCGUGCACAUUCUCUGUUCUAAGUGCCUUAAGAGAGGGUCGCCCAAUCCACACGCUUUCCCAGGGGAGUUGCUGAGUCAGCCCAGACCAGAAGGAGUGGCAGAGAUCAUCUGCCCCAAGAACGGCAGCGAGCGAGUGAAUGUUGCCUUGGUUUACCCACCCACACCAACUGUGAUCAGCCCGUGUUCCAAGUAUCUCCAUACUUUCUUGGACAAUUAAGUGGAAAAGAUAGUGCUUCUUUCCCUUAUGCCAUCAUUUUUACUGUACCCAAUCUGUGACUUUAGGAGCACCAAUUUUUAAGGGAAGAACGCUGGGGAAAAGCACAGAAACCAGUGACUUCUACGGCUGUGGGAUUUCCAUGGAGAAAAUAGCAUCAGAACGCACCUGGACCAUCUUCUGUACCCAGCAAGCCCUCCACACUCCCAGGCGUGUUCUGUGAAUUCGCGUGCAUGUGUGUUCAGGGUGCUUUCGAGCGAGGGAGCACACCUAGCCUGUAGAUGAGGCGGGGAGGGUGCAGGGGGGAAAAGGACGGGAGAGACUAUGGAGCAAGUGUUUGACAACCUGAACCUCAGAACUGUGAUCCUCCAAGGAGAGCGCUACUUGAAGAAAAGAAAAAAUAAUAAAGUCGAAUGG